CAUUGAAGUUGGCGGCCAUCUUGAAUUAGAAUUGUUAAAAAACUCGUGUUAUAACAUGGGAGCAGGAUCGUCGACAGAAAUUCCCGGUGGUGGAAGCGAAGGCUACCAUGUCUUACGUGUUCAGGAGAAUUCUCCAGGAUAUAAAGCUGGCUUGGAACCUUUUUUCGACUUUAUUGUUUCCAUAGAAAAUACCCGACUGGACCAAGAUAAUGAAUCCCUUAAAGAAAUCCUUAAGAGUAAUGCCGAAAAACCUGUUAAGAUGUUAGUCUAUAGCAGUAAAACCCUGAAAGUCAGAGAGGUCAGCAUUACACCAAGUAAUAUGUGGGGUGGCCAAGGGCUUCUUGGUGUAAGUAUACGAUUCUGUUCGUUUGAUGGUGCCAAUGAGAAUGUCUGGCAUGUCUUGGAUGUACAACCUAACUCCCCGGCUGAUAUAGCAGKWCUAAGGACAAAUACAGACUAUAUCAUAGGUGCAGACUCUGUGCUUCAUGAGUCUGAUGACCUGUUCCAAUUGAUUGAGUCUCAUGAAGGCAAACCUCUUAAACUUUAUGUGUACAACUCAGAAACAGAUGGCUGCAGAGAGGUCACCCUGACCCCGAAUAGCAACUGGGGUGGUGAAGGAAGUUUGGGUUGUGGAAUAGGAUAUGGUUAUUUACAUCGAAUUCCUCAACGUGAUGAUGAAAAACCUCCACCAGUAGCAUCUCAUGGAGCUCCRUCAAGUGAUGGAUUUUCAGAAGUUCCAUUGACAGGAGUGACCACAGCAGUCCCAACACCCUUGGAUCAUGGGAUGGCUUCAUUAAACCUUCAGUCCAGCACAGCUCAAGCAGCAAUGAACCCUUUGAAUACUAGUCUAACAUCAUCAACAAAUGCUGUACCAUUUGAUACAGCACAACCAACCAUGCCUAGUGUCCAGUUCAGCACUGCAGUACCAACUGUACCAAGCACACAGUUCARUACAGCAGCACCAACCAUCCCUAAUCCACAAUACAACGCGGCAGUACCAACUAUGCCUGGUACACAAUAUAGUACCGCUGUACCAACUGUCCCUAGUAAUCUCUUCAAUACUUCAUCUCCAGCUACAUCAACUGUUUUGCAGAGUGGUACACCCAUGCCAAGUACAGCCCAUACCCCAGCAUCAUCAUUUACAGUCACACCCAAUGUACAACCAGUAGGCACACCUUAUACACCAUUUAAUCCUUCUGUCCAGGGAACACCAGCACCAAUUCCAGUAUUCCAGACACCAACCCUUGUACCAACUCCCAUUAGCAGUGGACCUCAACAAAGUAUUCCAACCAGUGAGCCAGCAUUACAACCUGGUUCAACACCAGACCUAUCUAGUCCAGGAAGUACAGUAACAGCCAAACCAGCACAACUCUUGAUGGAUAUYACUGCUGGUGCCACCCCUGCACCAUUAAUUCCAGUWUCAAMUGUUCAAAAUGGUGAAAAUCCUUCAGUUUUACAGCAAUCGCCACAGCUUGUUGCUCAAUAAUUUUCCAUAAGGAAUUAAGAGCUAAAACUAGUGAUGUUCUAAAACAGUCUAACAAGCACAAAAUYGUGCUCCAUAUAAAAUUCCAAUUGUUGGACGAAUAAUUUAUAACAAGAGAGAAAAAAGAAAGUACAGAGUGGUUUUUCAUUAGCCUGUGAACCACUAACAUAUAUAUUAUAUAUAUGUAUACCUUACUAUUUAGCCUGUCAGGAAGCCAUUAAACCUGUGAAAUGUAAUACACAGACUAUUCAGAGUAAGUGGAGAGCAUGACCAUAAAACUCGUAAAUUGGGUUGUAAGGUUUAUUACUUGAUAUCAAUUUAGGAAAUAGUUGUAAUAUGUAUUAGUCAAUAUCAAUUCCUCUGGUUUUAUGGUAUUACAGUCUAGUUCACAGUACCACUCCUGUUCCCAUGACAUAGAUAACCAAUGAUUGCCGAAUCCUUUGGUGUCUGGCAUUGUUCCUUGGUUGUGAUAUUUUGUGGACUUAAUUGUCUCCUUGAAGAGACAGACGUUCGUUCAUUGAUUUAGAUAAAGACAUUGAUAUAUUAAAGUAAUUUUAAUGUGAAAAAUAAAGAUUAUUCUGACAUGAA